AUGGCUCUCAAGCAAUGCUGCCUCCCUGAGGUUCGCCAUGUCUGCGAUGAGCUCAAGCGCAUCUACAAGGAGCAAAUUCGUCCUCUUGAGCUGCACUACAACUUUGCUCACUUCUUCUCUCCUCCUCUCACCGACAGCGACAUCGAGGCCAAGCCCUUCGUCCUCCUCCUCGGCCAGUACUCCGUCGGCAAGACUUCCCUCAUCCAUCAUCUUCUUGGAUCUCACGGAUAUCCCGGCUCCCGUGUUGGGCCUGAGCCCACGACUGAUGGCUUCGUCGCCAUUAUGCAAGGACAAGAACCGCGGGUGCUACCUGGCAACGCGGCGGCGUCGGACAUGGGGAAGCCGUUCAGGGGGCUGCAGGCGUUCGGCAACGCUUUCCUUCAAAGGUUCUCAUGCGCGGAGAUGCAGGCGGAGGUGCUGGGCGACGUGACGCUCAUCGACACCCCUGGGGUGUUAUCAGGGGAGGCGCAGAGAAUCGGGAGGAACUACGACAUGCCCAAAGUCUGCCGGUGGUUCGCAGAGCGAUCAGACCUCAUCCUCAUCCUCUUCGAUGCGCACAAGCUGGACAUCAGCGACGAGCUCAAGGAGGUCAUCCAGGCGCUCGCAGACCACGACGACAAGAUCCGCAUCAUCCUCAACAAGUCGGACCAGGUGACCCCCCGCCAGCUCAUGCGCGUCCAUGGCGCCCUCAUGUGGAGCCUCGGGAAAGUGUUGAAGACGCCCGAGGUCUGCCGGGUGUAUGUGUCUUCCUUCUGGGACGAGGAGUACGCGGAGAGCGGGCGAGCAGGACGCGAGCUGUUCGACAGUGAGAAGGCGGAGCUUAUGAGAGACCUGCGGGAGAUUCCUCGCAACAUGCUCAUCAGGAGGGUGAACGAGUUGGUGAGACGAGCGAGACAGGCCAAGACACACGCGCUUGUGGCUUACAAGAAGUGA